UUUGCAGUGGGUACUUCCGGUUUCCAGUCGUUGUUUCACACCGGACGUAUUUUUGUAGCUACACAAGCGGCAUGGACGCUGAAUCCCAGCGUGUGUUGGAAUAUUUGACAGAAGUUGAGGAGGCAGCAGAGGAUGUUCUCACCAAUAAACAGCAGAUUGUGGACCUGGACACAAAAAGAAACAGGAACAGGGAGGCACUGAACGCACUGAAACAUGAAAUGUCAGAUUCAGAGAAAGUGAAGGUUUGCUUUGGGAGCAUGUUCAUCAAAUUUCCCAAAUCCAAGACAAAAGAGAUGAUUCAGAAAGACCAAGAGCAGCUGGACAAGGAGAUAAAUGACCUUCGCCAAGGGCUGAAAGCAAAAGUCAAUCGUCUCAAUGAGAUGCAAGGAAAACCAGAGCUGAGAGGCUACAAUCUUUCCCCACUGUCCACUGAUGAAGUCAGAGCUAUUAACAGCCUUUUGAAGAGGUGACAUGAUGUCUGCAAAAUACUCUGGAGGACAUUAAGGGCAAACGGCACAAGUUGCUAAAGAGCCUCACCUGCAGCGCUCAGAUUUGCAGAUGUGCUGACCUCAGGAUGGUGUGAGGACAUCGUGAAUUAGCAUCAUAACAUUGAACAGUGUCUUUGUGGCUGACAUCUGUAAGUUGUUUGCUGAAUGUCCGCUCAAACAAGAGCUCUACUUUAUUACCCACAACCUUUUUAAAAGUUAAGUUUUCAGUUUUUGAGGCCUUUUUUUCAAACAGUAGUCAGGUUUUGCUUACUGUAGUUCUAAAGCAACCCUUCAUAGGUGGUGGGGGACAAAAUCCACAGCCGUCCUUCUUUCAAUAGAUGGCUUCAGCUGUCUGAAUUUGACAGAUUAAUUUGAUUUUAUGUGAGUUUUAAUCUUUUUACCAUUUAAUUCCCUUGUUUAGUUACUCUCUUUCCCCUAUAGUCCACCCUGGAGACAAAAAGUCAGAAUUUUACACAGUAACUUUAUAAGAUAAACACUUCGACUAUCCCACUGAGACAGCUUCUGAAUACAUUGCUGCACAGGAGGGAAGACUGCAUGGUUAAUCCUCUAUGAUGUAUGCUGAAAGCGCAGUGGAACAGCAUAUUUUAUCAACAAAUACAUACUGGAGGGAUGAUUGUAGCGAGCGAAACCUGUUUCUGUGGAUGGUUUCCAGAUGGGCGAUUUAAGCAAAUAUCCUCAAGAUAUUAAAACAUAAAUCAUACAUAGAGCACUGAAUUUGUUUUUCUAAUGAAGCCAGUAAUAUUAAAAGGGACUGUGUAACAGACAGGCCAAUGCCUGUAAUGGUAAACACGUGAGUGUUAUAUGUUGGUUUGUAUAUUUCCCACUUUAAUGGCAAUACUAUUCCGCUAUCUUGAUGUUUUCAAGCAGCAUCCAAGCAGAGAUGGUGCAAACCUGCAUCUGUGAAAACUGUGUCUGAGCACAGACGCUGUAAUGUUACAUUCAAGCCUUUUGUUUUUGAAUUUUUAGGCCAUAAAUGAUGCUGUUGAUAUUGUGCUCUGUAGCUGUAGGCCUCCACUUAACAGUCAGUUUUGUAUUCCAGGGUAUCUAUAGCAGUUUGUGUAAAUAAAAUUACUUCAUCAGUCUA